UCAUGAAUGUGGAUAAGAAGUUGUAUCUAACUUUAAAUUAACUUUUAUUUGGCAACACGGUUUAAUUGUCUAGUGUCACUGUCUGUCACUCAAAAUACGUGUCACGAUAACUUGAUAACUGAAGAGGUUAUGCCUAUGGGUUUUACCUGCAAGAAAUUAUUUGAACCUGCUCUUGCAUAGAUAAAAUAUAAUAAUUGCUGACAUUGUAAAAAAACCUUCAAAAUGGGGGACCCGCCUCAAUAUUACGAAAAAUCAGACAAUUAUUACAGAGGUAGAUCGUUUCACCGGCCGCCCCAUCGCGGGAGAGGCAGAGGUCGAGGAGACAGCAGGGCUUCAGCUCCUUCAACUUAUCAGGUACAAAGAACUCUUGAUGAAUUAAAUGUGACCGAUCUAAGACAACACAUUGACAGGAUACAUGAACAGUCAAGAAGUGGUCCUCCACCAGACCCCACCUAUAAUUAUUCAAAAAAUUCGCCAAGGGAUAAUGAGGGCUAUAAUCCUAAGGCCAGUACCAGUCUACAACGUUCGAAUAGUGGUAGAGGUAGAGGAAGACAAAAAAACCCAGACUUGUUCAUUCAAAAUCCCAUGAAUAUUCAAGUUCGUGUUAGUACCUCCACUGGAGAAAGAAAUUAUUCUGCACUUGAAGAUUCUAAAUUGGCGGACAUCAGACAUGUACCAGACUAUCAACUGCCACGUGGCAGAGGCAGUUUUACAAGAGGAAGGACCAUAAGAUCAAGGGGAAGGGGAAGGAAUAUAGGGGAGCCAGCUGACGAAGAGCAAAGGAUUAGGGCUAAAAGUGUGGAACGGAGAAGACAUGACCAAAGAGGUAGUCAAGUUAGGAGUAGAAGUGUUGAAUAUAGGCAUCAUGAUGGCGAUGGUGAGAGAUCCGAAGGACACUUUAGAGGUAGAGGCAGGGGUUCUACCUCCAAUUAUUCUGAAUAUAACAGAAGUAGAUAUCCAUCUGGUGAAGGACAAGGUUCUGCCUCCAAUUAUUCUGAAUAUAACAGAAGUAGAUAUCCAUCUGGUGAAGGACAAGGUUCUGCCUCCAAUUAUUCUGAAUAUAACAGAAGUAGAUAUCCAUCUGGUGAAGGACAAGGUUCUGUCUCCAAUUAUUCUGAAUAUAACAGAAGUAGAUAUCCAUCUGAUGGCCAGAGAGGGAGAGGAAGAUUUUCAGAUGGAGAAUAUAGAAGCAGGGGUAGAGGUAGAGGAAGAGGAGGUGGUCCUAGGAGAGGAAGAGGUACGAGAGGAGAUCAACAAAAAUGUGAGAAUAAUACGGAGUUUCAAUCAACAAAUUGCGAGCAAACUGCUGAUGAAAAUUGGGAAGAUGCGGAAACACCUUCGAAUAAAAUUGAUGUUCCAGAUUGUACAAGCAGCCAAAACCCCGAACUUAACUUUACAGAGGGAGAUGAGGAAGUACCUUCGGAUAAAACUGAUAUAGCAGAUUGUACCAGUAGCCAAAACCCUGAAACUAACUAUACAGAGGAAGAUGCUAGCUUUGAUGAGCAGGAUGGUCAAUAUGAUCAACCUAAUGGAUCAUAUGAUGAUCCUGAUAUAUUGGACUUGAAAGCUUCUCUCCCUGGAGGACUUAAAUUAGAAGAAAGCGCAGAUACAACAGAAGCAACUGAAGUAAAUGAGCAAACAAAGAAGCAUUUGGAUGAAAUCGUUAAGGAAAAUAUAGUGGUUGAAUCGGGAGAAAAUAAGAAACGAACCGUCAGAUUCAAUUUAGAAGAAAACGAAAGUGAAUUGAAAGAAAACACAGGCGAAAGCAAUCAUGAUUUUGAUGAUAAGAAAUCCUGAUGGAAGCGGAAAAAACCUAGAUAGGCAUACUCAAAUUAUUUUGUGAGUAAAGUAUAUUAUUCUUCUGCUAAAGGCAGAGACAAUAAAACUUAAAGGUUAGUAUAGAAUCAUUCAGAAAAUUGCAUAACUUAGAUCAAAGGUAAUACUAAUGCCCGAUCAAAGAACAAUCUGACCCAAAAAAAAAUAAAGGAAGGAUGAAAAUUUGGGAAUAGGUAGGUAGUUGAAAUAGUCUAUUAUUAUAUAAGAAAAAGUUUACAAUUCUACAUCCCCUCCAUUUUACAAAAAUGGAGGGAAAUACCCCCCUCUCGAAGAUGAAAAAAAUACAUUCAGAGUAAGACCGGAAUUGGAUAAAAUGACUAAAUCUAAACAACUUUUCUUCUAUAGAGUUUUUUCACUAAGUCAAUACUUUAUUUGCGAGUGAAUAUGUUCGUGUUUAACAAAAUAAAACAUGUUUUUGGACGGUUUUUCGGAGAUAACUCAAAAAGUAAGUAUUUCAGCGAAAAAAAUAUUCUUAGCAAAAAUAUAGCCCAUCAAAAAUUGAAAAAAAUGGUGUAUACAGACAUGAGGUCUGUAGACCCAGUAGAAGCAGAGUUGCAGCUAAUGAAAAGUAGGUUUUUCUUCGUAAAAUUCCAAAUCGAAUAUUUCAAUUUGAAAUAACCCAAAAACGGAUCACUUUUAGGGGAAAAUUCAUUUUAACUUUUUUAAAGCGUUUAAAAAAAGGUUUAUUUUUGUUAAAAAAACAAACUUGUAAUAUUAAAAGUAAGUGAAUUACGCUCCAAAUAUUGUUGGUCCCUUUUAUUAUUUGGUAAAAAAAUCGCGAAAAUCACCCCCUAAUUAGCAUCACAUAUACGUUUUAACAUUACCACUUCACAAGUUACUUUGUCUAUUUAUUAUUUAUAUGAUCUGUAAGUUUCAUCGGUUCAAAGUGCUUCGUUUUGAAAAAGCUGUAGUUAAAAUGGCUUGAACGAGUAACUAAUCACGAGUUUAGGCAAAUUUUGAACAGCCAUAGCAUAACCAAUUUUUGUCGAAGAAGAAAACAAAAAAUCAAAAAUAUUCAGAAAAGCAAAACGUACAUUUUAUUACUCUUUGAGAUUUUUGGUAUUUAAACAAUUACGAUUUUUUUCAAAAUUAAAAAAAAUGUCAUAUUUUAAACCCAAUUUUUUUUUAAACUGAGCACUUUGAACCAAUGAAACUUAUAGAUAAUAUAUAAACAAUACAUAAGAAAGGUAACUUGUAAAGCGGUAACGAUUAAUUUUAUUUGAGAAGCUAAUUAAGAGGUGAUUUUCGCCAUUUUUUUAUCAAAAAAUAAAAGGGACCAACAAUAUUUUGAGCGUAACUCACUUACUUUUAAUGUUAAAAGUUAAAAAAACUAAACCUUUUUUUAAACACUUUAAAAAAGUUGUAAUGAAUUUUCCCCAAAAAGUGCUCCUUUUUUUGGUUAUUUCACAUUGAAAUAUUAGAUUUACAAUUUGACGAAGAAGAACCUACAUUUCAUUAGCUGCAACUCUGCUUCUACUGGGUUUGCAGACCUCACGCAUACACCAUUUUUUUCAAUUUUUUAUAAGCUAUAUUUUUAGUAAGAAUAUUUUUUUCGCUAAAAUAAUUACUUUUUGAGUAUCUCCGAAAAACCGUCCAAAAACAUUUUUUUGGUUAAAAAUAAACACAUUCACCCGCAAAUAACUCAAAAAGUAUUGACUUAGUAAAAAACUCUAUAGAACAAAAGUUACUUAGAAUUAGUCAUUUUAUCCAAUUCCGGACUUAUUUUGAACGUAUAUUUUUUCACCCCCGAGAAAAAAAAAUUUCACACCGUAUUUUCCAAUUUUUGUAAAAUGGAGGGAAUGUAGAAUUGUAAACUUUUUCUUAUAUAAUAAUAGACAAUUUCAACUACCUAUUGCCAAAUUUUCAUCUUUCCUUUAUUUUUUUGGAUGUUUUUGUAAAAUUUUGUGUUCCCUGAUCGGGCUAUAAUAUUUGUCAAUCAUUGUAAAUCAUAUCAUAGCAUACUUCAAAGACCAAUGCAAUAAUAGAAAAUAAUUAUAUGUAAACAGUAGAUCCCUUUUGAAUAACAUAUUGUUUUUACUACAGUUCAGAUAAAAUAUGCUUCAUUGUAGAUCAAGACUGUUCAUUCAGAUUCGACACCAUUUACUGAAUCAAUAUUAGAUACAGAUUCUUCAGUAUAAAUUUUCCUUUCUAACGUUUCUAACAGCAAUUUGUCUUUCGGCUUCAUCUUUGGCUUUUACAACUCUUCGUGAGUCUUUGCCGCGUUUAUUAUUGUCUUCUAUUGGUUCGGUUCCGAUCCUGUGCUACUAUUUCCCAUGAUGGUCUCACUUCCAUCUUCUCCAGGUCUUCUCUGACUGCAUCAGGCUGAACACAACGAAGGGACGUCGAGGAAACGUCAGCUUUGGUUGAAUAUAUACACUUGUUUGAACAUUACGUCAUAUAGACGUCUUUUGUAGGUGAUUUUAAAUACGUAAGAUUAAUGACGUUAAAAUACGUUUAAAAACACGAUUUCAUUUCAGACAGCCAGGUCUGACGUCACAAAAUUGGGAGGAGCUUAAAAAACUUGUUUGUAUUGACUCCAAACAAUUUCGUUUAUAUAACGUUGUUCAUAAGAAAUUUUUCAUUUAUUCGAGAGUUAUCAAGUAACUCUAUGAGAAUACGGUAACGUUAUAAAUAACAUGUAAAGUAUACAGUAAAAUAGCGUUACCGUAUUCUCCUAGGGUUACUUGAUAACUCUCUAUUGUUUACGUGGUUUGUGUCUUGUGUGAUAAAAUAAGACUUUUCAUUUAGAUAUUUAGUUGAAGAAACGUGUUAAUUAAGAGAUUUUUAUUCGUUUUUGCUCAGUGAGUUAGUUUAAUGCAGUAAUUCUUCUUGUCAACUAUUUGAGGUUAUGUUUAUUUGUUUUUGAUGUUUAUUUUCUGUUAGUGAACUAAUUAUGUGUUAUCGACUUUAAUUAAAUUAAUUUUUAGCCUACAUUUUCACGUUACCUAUUUUUUAUACUAUUUUGAAACAUCUGAAAGAGGUCACUUUUUGAAAGUAAUAAAGACUUGAUUUUACCGACGGCGACGUGUAAAAGUCGUCAUCAUUUUGACGUUUGAAAAUCGUCACAAUCUCGACGUGAAAAAAACGUAAGUACAAUGACGUUUUAAAAUCGUCACAAUUAGGACGUCAAAUCGAUGAGACAAAUACACGUGAUUUUCAACGUCAUAGAAACACGUCAAUUGGUCAUUUUUAUGACGUGUUAUCUACGUUAUAAAAACGUCGUUUGGUUGCUUGAUAUUUCCACCUUUUUCUAGGCCGUCCUAACGGUCUUCUACCAUCUGGUCUUUUGCAAAACACAUUGCUAAUCAGUCUGUCAUCAUCACUCCGCACCACGUGGCCUGCCUAUCUUAGUCUAUUGGCUUUUAUGUAUCUCACGAUGUUUCCCUGCCCGAAAAGAGUAUCUAAUUCAUUGUUUUGUUGUUCCAUUUUAUUUUUUAUAUCGUUCUGUUGUUCUUCUAAUUUGUCUAUUCUACUAGUUAUAUGACCUACCUCUAUUUAACUUAAAAUUUUCAUUCAUUUGAUAAACUAUUUCUGAUUUCUACCUCUAUUUUUCAACGCCUCUUCUCUUUCUCUUACUGUCGACGCUUCUCCUUCAUAUCUUUCUCUCUUCUUGCUAUUAUCUUUUGAUCGCAUAUAUUUUGUGAUAGAUACACUCAAACCAAAAACAGUAUGUUAUUUUUUACGAUUUGUGACUGUUUAGAAUAAACUUAGAAAACGGUAAAGACUAUUAAUUUAUUAUAUUUUUAUUAUUUAUACGACCUAUUUUGAGACAGCUUGACUGAAGUUUUAGUACUACUCAAAGAUAUUAGUAAAAUUUUAGAUAUACAUUUUAUAUAUUAUUUAUGUGGAAUAUUAUAUGCGUUUAUUAAUUUUUUAUUUCGAAAGUACACAGGUAUUGUACUUAUAUUCAUAUUAUGCAUUUUUAUUUUUAUGAUUUAAGUGUCUCAAAUAGUUAGCUCAACGGGUAGUUCUGUCUUAAUUUUGAAAAGAAAAUGACAACCACUACAUGUUUUUGAAUAACUCAACAUUUCUUUCUAUAAAUUUUAUUUUAUAAGGAAUAAAAUAAACAUUUUGGGACGUAGGUAAAAAUGACUAAAAUAAUUGUGAUAUUUUCAUGAAAGAUUUAAUUUCGAAAAAUGUUUGUAGGCUUUGUUCUGAAACAUAAACUUUGAAUAUACCAUUCUGCUAUAAAUAUUGAUACAAGGCAUUUAACUAAAAAAAUUUAAACUAUUGGUUUGAUUUGAAAAAGUUUUACACACUUUAUUACUGAGUUUGAGUUAACUACAAUCUACAAAAAAAUUAUUCAAAAUGACCACCAUUUGUUAGAAUACAGCACCGAAGUCUCCUAUCGGCCAUUCAUUGAUCGAUGUAUGGAUGACAUCCUUAGGAAAAUUGUCCACAGCUUCUACCAGCGCCUGCUUCACUCCACAUUAUACGUGACGUAUUGUACCGGGUGUCCCAAUAAGAAUGACUCUCGGCCAUAUCUCAGGAACCGUUUAUAGUACAGCUUUGGGAAAAAAAUUUUAUAACAAAAGUUGCCUCGAGAAAAGCCUGGAAAUUAUUUUCAUAUUUGUAAGUCCACCGCUAGGGGGCGUAAUUGAAUAUCAAAAAUUUAAAAAUCAAAAUUUUACAAAAUUUACAUAAUGAAAGGGCACUGAAAAUCCGAUCAUCGUAUUCUUCGCAAAAUUCUGCGAAUAUUUGAUUUCACAAGUGUAACUCUACCUUUGCAAAUAAGAGGUGGGGGUGAGUGGGAACCUUGUUAUGAAAAAUGGCUGUAAGUCCGGUUCUGCUUAUUCGAUUUUUGCAAACUUGGUCUCGUUGAAAACAGAUCUUUUUCGUUAAUGUAAGAGUUAUAAUUACGAAACAGCCUAGUAAGUAAUAUGCCAGCUAGGGGGCGCUAUUUUUAUGUUUUUCAGAAAUCUAGUUUUCUUUGGAAAAUAUUAAAUACAAGUAUGCACUUUUAACCCUGUAUUACAAAAUUAGACCAAAUUAUCAACAGAAUAUCGAAAACAGCAAGUCGAUACCUUUUUUUAUAUCUCGAGAUAUCUUAAGAAACGUAUAAAUUGUAAACAAACUGAUAAUGUCACCGGUAAACGAAGUUAAGGAAAUCAAAGUGAAAAUAGGUAGUGUGCUAUGGAAACAAAUUAGAGCGGGAUACUUGCGGAGUGCCGACAGAAGUGAAUAUUUUUCAUAGAUUCAGUUAUAUUCGGUUCGAUUCAAUUCGAUUCCAUUUAAUUGGAUUUAAUUUCAUUUAUUAUAAUUAUGCUUAUAAUUUAAUAUAUUUAAAAUAUACCCAAUUUAAUACAUAAUAUAUAUGGUUUGUCAAACGUAGGAAAGAGUUUGAAAAUCUUACAAUCGCCGACAUUUUUAAACUUUUUGCUACGUUUGACAAACUGUACUAGUGAUUUUACCCAUUAAUUUUAGAAUUAAAAAACUUUCAAAAGAAGUUUUACUUCAAAUUUGAUAGUGAAUUUAAUUAUUAAUAUAUAAAAUGAAUAGGAUGUUUAAAAAUACAAUUUGAGGAUAAGUAGGUUGAAAGGAAUAAUGUAAUCAACAAAUUUAAAAAAGUCACUUUUGUAUAACGGCCUCCACUUUAAUGAGAGUAUCUAAAAAUAAAUGAACUCUUCCAUGCAUUAUUUACGAUUAAAAUUUACACGAAGUAUUUACUAUACUUCAUCAGUAAUUAAAUUUUUAAAUUAAAAAAUAUCGGUUACAUUAUUAAGAAAAAUAAUAAUUUAAAGCUUUAUGUAUCUUUAUAUCUUAUUAAUCCUAACUUUAACGGGUAAAAUCACUAGUAUAUAAUAUUAUGUAUUAAACUAGGUAUAUAUCAUAUAUUUAUAUUAAAUUAUAGAUAUAAUAUAUAUUAAAUAAAAUUAAAUCUAAUCGAAUGGAAUCUAAUUGAAUCAAACGAAUAUAAUCGAAUCUAUAAUAAGUAUUAACUUUUGUCGGCAUUUCGCAAGUGUCACGCUUUAAUUUUUUUCCACAGCACACUACUUGUUUCCACUUUGAUUUCCGUAACUUCGUUUACAGGAGACAUCAUCAGUUAUGUUUAAAAAUUAACACGUUUCUUAAGUUAUCUCGAGAUAGAAAAAAGGUAUCGACAUGCGGUUUUCGAUAUUCUGUUGAUAAUUUGGUCUAAUUUUGUAAUACAGGGCUAAAAGUGCAUACUUGUAUUUAAUAUUUUCCAAAGAAAACUAGAUUUCUGAAAAACAUAAAAUAGCGCCCCCUAGCUGGCAUAUUACUUAUUAGGCUGUUUCGUAAUUAUAACUCUUACAAUAACGAAAAAGAUCUGUUUUGAACGAGACCAAGUUUUCAAAAAUCGAUUAAGCAGAACCGGACUCACAGCCAUUUUUCAUAACAAGGUUCCCACUCACCCCCCACCUCUUAUUUGCAAAGGUAGAGUUACACUUGUGAAAUCAAAUAUUCGCAGAAUUUUGCGAAGAAUACGAUGAUUGGAUUUUCAGUGCCCUUUCAUUAUGUAAAUUUUGUAAAAUUUUGAUUUUUAAAUUUUUGACAUUCAAUUACGCCCUCUAGCGGUGGACUUACAAAUAUGAAAAUAAUUUCCAGGCUUUUCUCGAGGUAACUUUUGUUAUAAAAUUUUUUUUCCCAAAGCUGUACUAUAAACGGUUCCUGAGAUAUGGCCGAGAGCCAUUCUUAUUGGGAUACCCGGUACAUACUAUGCGCUCUAAAAUUGACUACAAUUAUUUGUAGUCGAGUGGAUUAAGGUCUGGGCUAGCUGACGGCCAAUGGUUACUAUAAUAAAUAAUUCAGGUCUAUGAUUUUAGUACUAGUGUACUAGUCUUUUACCUAUAGAUUCUUGGAAAUAUUUGAACUAAGCAUUAAAUCUGUUCCCUCAUUUUACCACGAAGUUGUCUGGUCAAAAAAUUAAGGUGGAAUUACCCAUAUACAAAUAAUGCAUUGUAUAACGGCUUUAAAUGCAUAGCUGUGAGAAUGGAAUUGUUUUUUUUUUUGUAAUUUUUCAUUCAACCAACAGCAAAGGCCAACUAUGGUAAAGGUUCACGGCAUAGGUUUUAACGAAAAGUAUGUCUGAAAAGCAAAUAAAUCUAAUAUCUCGCAGAUACGCCACUGCGUGAAUGCUGAGUGUUCUAUCUUUUCGCUGUUUGAAAGAGUCCGACAACUCGAAAAUACUGUAGUUGGCAUUUGCUGUAAGGUUUAGUGCCUUUUUGUUAAAUUUUUACUUGUUACAUUUCUGAACUUUUUGAAUUUUUUUGUUGCAUUUAAUUUUAUAAAAUAUUUGUUUAAAUGUAAGAACAAAAAAUGUAAUUUUUAUCACAAUUUGUUGUGGUUUUUAUUAACCAAUUUGAUGUGCGUAUAUGGCCUAAAGUAUUUUGUUAACCAAUGUUUAUGUAUGUUGUUAUUGAAAUGUUUAUAUUUUGUAUGUUUUUCGGCUUGAUAAUUUAUUUUAUUUUAAUGAUUUAUAUAUCCAGUGUCAACCUAUUACAUAAUAAAGAUGAUUUAAAUGUU